CCUCAGCGUGCUUGGAUCUUCCGCCUGCCGCUGGACGGCCGCCACCUCCUGCUCGCCUCUGCCCGCAGCCCCUCCGUUCCUUCUCUGGGAGUCGCGCAUCCGAAGAUGGCGGCGUACAAAUUCCUGCUGUCGCCUCUCGGCCGCCGCAUCCUCCUUCCCGCCGCGCGGGCACGGGGCGCCGAGGCUUUUGGAUGCUAUUUUUCUACCAGCUGUCAUCGCAACACCAAAUUUUAUACUGAUCCUGUUGAAGCUGUAAAAGAUAUACCCAAUGGGGCAACUAUACUUGUUGGUGGUUUUGGACUGUGUGGGAUUCCUGAAAAUCUCAUUGGGGGUUUACUGAAGACUGGAGUAAAGGGUAUUACAGCAGUCAGUAACAAUGCAGGUGUUGACAAUUUUGGACUUGGUCUUCUGCUUCAGACUAAGCAGAUAAAACGCAUGGUAUCAUCAUAUGUUGGAGAGAAUGCUGAAUUUGAACGCCAGUAUUUAUCUGGUGAGCUUGAAGUUGAACUUACACCUCAGGGUACACUUGCUGAACGUAUUAGAGCAGGAGGAGCAGGAAUCCCAGCGUUUUACACCAGUACAGGUUAUGGGACACUGGUGCAGGAAGGGGGGGCACCUAUCAAAUACAAUUCAGAUGGCACCAUUGCUAUUGCUAGCCAACCAAGAGAGGUGCGAGAGUUUGAUGGUCGUCACUUUAUUCUGGAAAAGUCCAUUACAGGAGAUUUUGCUCUCGUGAAGGCAUGGAAGGCUGAUCGUGCAGGAAACAUCAUUUUCAGGAAAACUGCUAGAAACUUCAAUCAACCAAUGUGCAAAGCUGCCAAGACAACUGUGGUGGAGGUGGAAGAAAUUGUUGAUAUUGGAGCAUUUGCACCAGAAGAUAUUCAUGUUCCCAAAAUCUAUGUUGAUCGCCUGAUACAGGGAGAGAAGUUUGAAAAGAGAAUUGAACGCUUAUCAAUCCGAAAGCCUGAAGACUCAAAAGCCAAACAAAAGGCAGGAGAUAAUGUGAGGGAGAGGAUCAUCAGACGGGCUGCUUUAGAGUUUGAGGACGGCAUGUAUGCUAAUCUGGGUAUUGGAAUCCCCUUGUUGGCCAGUAACUUCAUCAGUCCAGACAUAACUGUUCACCUACAGAGUGAAAAUGGAGUCCUAGGUUUGGGUCCUUAUCCACUUGAAAGUGAAGUUGAUCCAGACCUGAUUAAUGCAGGUAAGGAGACAGUCACUGUUCUUCCUGGUUCUUCUUAUUUCUCUAGUGAUGAAUCAUUUGCAAUGAUAAGAGGAGGCCAUGUUGAUUUGACAAUGCUUGGAGCUAUGCAGGUGUCUAAGUAUGGUGACCUGGCCAACUGGAUGAUUCCUGGUAAAAUGGUGAAGGGAAUGGGAGGUGCCAUGGACCUGGUAUCUAGUGCCCAGACAAAAGUGGUUGUCACCAUGGAGCACUCAGCCAAGGGCAACGUCCAUAAAAUCUUGGAAAAAUGCAGUUUACCACUUACUGGGAAGCAAUGUGUAAAUCGCAUCAUUACAGAGAAGGCUGUGUUUGAUGUGGACAAGAAAAAGGGACUCACCCUUGUGGAAAUCUGGGAAGGACUGUCAGUGGAUGAUAUCAAGAAAAGCACUGGCUGUGACUUCACAGUUUCACCAAAACUGAUACCAAUGAGGCAGAUUUAAACCUGCAGCAGAAUCUGGGCAUGACUUGCUAGAAGGCUUGUUUCGAAAUGGAAGCUCAGUGAAGAGGAAUCGAUGACUGUUUUGCAGUUUUAAUUUUUUCUUUCUUUCUUUCUUUUCUUUUUUUAUUUGAUUUAAGGGCUUUGUAGGUAGUUUCCAGAUAGUUAAGCUCAGGCUGUGAUUAUCAGCCUAAGUGGAAUUUUUCUUCCAUAGCAUUACCAAUUUUAAUGGAAUUGUGCGUAUAUUCCCAAGAUUUCAAAUAAUGUUAUACUAAGAAGUUAGUGAACAUUGUCAGAAAAAAAUGCCUUGUAGUCUCACUGCCAAAUAGUACAUUUUUUACAGAGAUUCACAAAAUGACCAUGCAAUCUUAAAAUUGCCUCUGCUUUUGCUGAUGUCACUGAACUUACAGAUCACCCUAUCAUUCUGUAACUACAGCACUAUGUUCUUUCUCUUCUAAAGGUGUGGGUUUUCUUGUGGAGCGGCGUAUAGCAAAUGCAUGCAGCUAAAGAAAGACAUCAGUAAUGUGGACUUCUCUUUUCCUGAACUUUUGAAUAAGUCUUUGACAAAACUUUUUGUAUCAAUGGAAACAUUUGGGUCCUUAGCCCUGAAUGUAUCUGCUGUUUCCUCUGUGUCUGCUGUCAUUAAGACACCUCCCAGAGUCCACCUCUAACCCUUCUGUUUAAACUGUACAAGCUAAAAUGGGGAUAGUUUGCAGGAGGAAGAUAAAAUGUCUCUGUCCCCCUGCAGACAAUUGAUUAGCUGUACAGCUGUUCCAUCUGAACCCACUCUUAAUGCAGUUAGAAUCCUUCUUCCAACCUCCAUUCAAAGGCAAAUGAAGACUGUUUCUGGAGUGAGGUUUGUUCUUCCAGUGUUACACAGAGAUGCAGGGGACAAAAAUGUUGUGGGCAUCUGGGAGAUUUCUUCAGAAGGUAAUACAGUUGAUUAAAAGCAAAAACAAUAACUUUGCACCACUUGCUGAUCAGAGAAUCAGCUACAGAGUUUGGAACCCAAACUCAUGAUAACUAGAAGGCAUACCAUGAGACAAUCAAAGUAUAAGUCAGGUUCUGCUAUUUGAUUCAGAUCUUAUUUUCUGUUCUUAAUUAUGGACAACCAUUUCUACAAAUCAGUAACGUAGUUAUGACUGCACUAGAUCUCACCCCUUAUUAGCACAAUAGGUCUUCCUUAUACAGAGCGUGAAUUGAUGGGAAAUAUAUACUUACUAAGAUAGUGUCAUUUCCAGAUAGGAUGAUUUCUGUCAUUCAUCUAAAUAGGAACACCUAAAGCCCUUCAGUGAAAAUAAUUCCUGAUGUAUGUUUUAUGUCAGAACAGGAACAGAUUAAGUGACUAAAAAUGUGUAAACAGUAUAUGCAUGAAGAAAUAUGCCUUUCAUAUAUGCAAUAGGCAGUGUUGGGAUAUGGUCAUAGAAUCAUGGAAAGGUUUGGGUUGGAAGGGACCUUUAAGAUCGUCUUGUUCCAACCCCUGCUAUAGGC